CGUCACAACACGAGUGAAAUUCAUGUGGUUAAUAUUAUAAUUUAUAACCCCACCAGUUUCCCCUCCCAUUUUAAUUUCCAUUUUCUGGUUUCAUCAAUCACCAUUAACAACUUCUUGCCGCAAUUCCAUCUCAACCCCUCACACGAACCCAUAUUUUUAGGUAUUAUUCCUUCCCUUUCUUCAUUAAUCCAUUUCUUCAUCUUCCGCUACAUUUCAAUCCAAUUGGCUUCCUUCGUAGGUAGCUUAAGAUGGCAGAUGGCGAGGAUAUUCAACCACUUGUCUGUGAUAAUGGAACUGGAAUGGUUAAGGCUGGAUUCGCUGGAGAUGAUGCACCGCGAGCCGUGUUCCCAAGUAUUGUGGGCCGUCCUCGUCACACUGGCGUGAUGGUUGGAAUGGGCCAAAAAGAUGCAUACGUUGGUGACGAGGCCCAAUCCAAGAGAGGUAUAUUGACUCUAAAAUACCCAAUCGAACAUGGUAUUGUCAAUAACUGGGAUGACAUGGAGAAAAUAUGGCAUCACACUUUCUACAACGAGCUUCGUGUUGCUCCAGAAGAGCACCCGGUUCUUCUUACCGAAGCGCCUUUGAACCCAAAAGCCAAUCGUGAGAAAAUGACUCAAAUCAUGUUUGAGACAUUUAACGCGCCUGCAAUGUAUGUUGCGAUUCAAGCUGUUCUUUCUCUGUACGCCAGUGGUCGUACAACCGGUAUUGUUCUGGAUUCCGGGGACGGUGUGAGCCACACGGUUCCAAUUUACGAGGGUUACGCACUUCCACACGCGAUCCUCCGUCUCGACUUAGCUGGACGCGACCUGACCGACGCGCUGAUGAAAAUUCUAACUGAACGCGGUUACUCUUUCACUACGUCAGCAGAACGGGAAAUCGUUCGAGACAUGAAGGAAAAACUAGCUUACAUAGCCCUCGACUACGAGCAAGAGCUCGAGACUUCCAAAACUAGCUCUUCUGUCGAGAAGAGUUACGAGCUGCCCGACGGUCAGGUCAUCACCAUCGGGGCAGAGCGGUUCCGCUGCCCGGAAGUUCUGUUCCAGCCGUCCAUGAUCGGAAUGGAAGCUGCAGGUAUUCAUGAGACUACGUAUAACUCUAUCAUGAAGUGUGACGUGGAUAUUAGGAAGGAUCUGUAUGGAAACAUCGUGCUUAGUGGCGGCACGACUAUGUUCCCUGGGAUCGCUGACAGGAUGAGUAAAGAGAUUACCGCGUUGGCCCCGAGUAGCAUGAAGAUCAAGGUCGUGGCCCCGCCCGAGAGGAAAUAUAGUGUCUGGAUUGGUGGUUCCAUUCUUGCAUCACUCAGCACCUUCCAGCAGAUGUGGAUCGCGAAGGCUGAGUAUGACGAGUCUGGUCCGUCUAUCGUGCAUAGAAAAUGCUUCUGAUUUGUGCAACCGCGAUCCAGUGUCGUGUUGGCUUGCAACAGCUUAUAUCUUGUUUUUUACCUUUUUUGUUUUAUAAUCUACAAAUUACAUAUAUGAUUUGGGACUAUUGAUGUAUUGUAAGUUCCACUAUUCUUUGAUUUUGAUAUUGUUUUAGAAAGUUGGAGCAUCUUUUUACUUGA